UGGCGGACUAAACGGCUGUGGCUUACAGGAAAAGUUUAAAAUUGACGCAAAUAUGGAUUCUCAAACAUUCAUUUUUUUGUAAUGCCCACGAAACAAAAGUUGAGGUUGGAGCGACGGAGUGUUAUGUGAAGUGAAGAUUGAAGACGUGAUAGAAGAUGGACGACUACUGCUAUGCUAAGAUGGCGACGUCCGCUAAAAGAGAACAUGAAAGAGAAUCAGCGCCACCAACUUCCAGCAAAUCACCAACGGAGAUAAAGACGAAAGAUGAAGAUGUCCAGCAGCUGAUUGGUCAUCCAGAAGAACUUCCUCUGUCAGGGGGGAGCUCUAUUUUUAAGCACGAGGUUUCUCAGCCCCCCCACUUUAAAAAGGAAAAGAAGGAACUCUGGAUCACUCAGGAGGGAGACUGUCUUCUGGGGUCAAAAGAAGCUGAUCUCACCAAGUUGCCACUGACUGUUGUCUCUGUGAAGACUAAAGAUGAUGAAGAAAAACCACAACUCUUAGCUCCACUAUCAGAUAGUGAGGCUGAAGACGAGGUUGAAGUAACUUUGAGCAGCGAUACAGACUGUGAAGGUGAUAUGAGGACUCACACGGACAACAAACACUCUGAAUGCUCUACAAAGAAGACAGCUAAUAAACGUUUAAGCUGCUCAGUUUGUGCGAAACUCUUUACGCACAUGGGCAAUUUUACAAACCACACGAGAACACACACAGGAGAAAAAACUUUUAAUUGUUCAGUUUGUGCGAAAAUCUUUACGCACAAGGGCAAUUUUACAAACCACAUGAGAACACACACAGGAGAAAAACCUUUUAAUUGUUCAGCUUGUGGUAAAAACUUCACUCAGAGUGCCCAUUUGAUGGAACAUGCGAGAACACACACGGGAGAAAAAAAUUUUGUUGUUCAGUUUGUGGCAAAAGAUGCAAUAACAAAAGCCACUUGACCGAACACAUGGAAACACACACAGGCGAAAAACCAUUUCAUUGUUCAGAUUGUGGUAAAAGCUUCACUAAAAAGUGCAAUUUGACUCAACACAAGAAGGCACACGAGAGAAAAACCAUUUAAUUGCCCAGAUUGCGGUAAAAGCUUUUGUUCCAGAACAGGUUGGACUCUACACACAAUGAAACACAUGUGAAGUUGUUCAGUUUGCAUUAAAUAUUGCUUCAUGAUGACACAAAAGAAAACAUACAGAAGUAAAACCAGUCAUCUGUUAAG